AUGUCGAAUAUCCCAGAGCAGUGUGACGUGCUUAUCAUCGGUGGCGGUCCAGGCGGUGCAUAUUCGGCGUGUUGUUUGGCCCGCGAGGGUAUCGAUACUGUGCUCUUGGAAGCUGAUGUGUUUCCUCGAUACCAUAUUGGGGAAAGUAUGCUCCCUUCGAUGCGUCACUUCCUGCGCUUCAUCGAUCUGGACUCCACCUUUGACAAUUAUGGGUUCAAGAUCAAGAAAGGAGGCAUGUUCAAGAUGAAUUCUAAGCCUCGAGUCUUUGCAGGUGGCCCUCAAGGUUACACCUGGAACAUCGUUCGCUCUGAGGCGGAUGAAUUGAUGUUCAAGCAUGCUGCUCAAAGCGGUGCAAAGACCUUCGAUGGGGUUCGUGUCGGCGACCUUGAAUUCCGGCCCUGGGACAAGAACGACUCUGUAGAGCAGAAGCUGGCUGAAUUCCCUGAGCCCAACCCAGGUCGACCUACUUCGGCUCGUUGGUCACGCAAAGAUGGUACCAGCGGUGUUAUUAGCUUCAACUACCUUGUUGAUGCCAGUGGUCGCGCGGGCUUGGUUAGCACCAAGCACUACAAAAACAGGCGAUACAACCACGGCCUGAAGAACAUCGCCAGCUGGGGAUACUGGAAAAAUAUGGAAACUUAUGACCUUGGUGGUAUCCAUGAAGAUCAACCUUACUUUGAGGCUCUGGCCGACGCCAGUGGCUGGGCGUGGACUAUUCCCCUGCAUGGUGAUGUGGUCUCCGUGGGUGUUGUCCGAAACCAAGCCAUUGCCACGGAGGAGAAGAAAAAAAUGAGCUCUCCUUCUAGCAAGGACAUCUAUCUCCAGAACUUGAAACUCGUUCCUGGUAUAAAGGGCUUGAUGAAGAAAGCAGAGCUGGUUUCAGAGGUCAAGUCUGCAUCGGACUGGUCAUACAGCGCUUCCAGCUAUGCCAGUCCUUUUGUCCGGGUUGUGGGUGAUGCGGGCUGCUUCAUUGACCCUUUCUUUUCGUCUGGGGUCCACUUGGCCAUGGCCAGUGGUCUGUCAGCAGCUGCAACCAUCUGUGCUAGCAGAAAAGGUGACUCCAGUGAGAAUACUGCGGCAGACUGGCAUUCCAAAAAGGUUGCCGAAGGAUACACCCGCUUCCUUUUGGUGGUCUUGAGUGCUCUCAAGCAAAUCAAGGACCAAGAUGACCCCGUCCUCACCGAUUGGGACGAAGAGACCUUCGAUCGCGCAUUUUCAUUCUUCCGACCUAUCAUCCAGGGCACGGUUGAUGUCAAAGCCCGACUGACCGAGUCGGAAAUUUCCAACACGAUCAACUUCUGCUGCCGGGCGUUCAUCCCCGUUCCCCUGGAAGAAAAAGAAGCUGUUCUUCGGAAAAUGGAAGACCUCGGACUUAAUAACAAGGACCUGGACCCGAAGGUGAAGGCCACGCUCGAGUCAUCCAUGUCUCCACAAGAGCUGCACAUCAUGAACACCGUUCGUGCGCGUGAGAUGUUGCGAUCGGAGGAUACAAUCAACAUUGACGCCUUCAGUUUUGAUACAAUCGGAGGGUUGACUGUUAAUCUGCAGCAUGGUCGUUUAGGUCUCGUCAAACCGUCUGGGCAAAAAGCCGAGAAGAUUGACGUCCUUGGCCUAUUUCACGGCGAGCACCGCGACGGAGAAUCAAUGGAUGUUUCUGACAACCAGGACAACUCGGAUGCCAAAGUCGCGGUUUCCAUGCAAGCUUAG